AUGCAUGGCCUAGCGACGCCCAUGCUUGACGUAAUCAUCGUUUGCACCUCAACUUACCUUCUCGCCUUCUCACUUGCUCCGAUGCUGCUCGUCUGCCAGACGAGGCAAUCUCGACUGUUUGUGCAAACCCUGCUGACUCUCGGUUCACAGUCGCUCACAUGCUUCAUACUCCUUCCUCCUUCCUCCUUCCUCCUUCCUCCCUCCACCACUCCCCCUCCCUCAUCCCUUUUGUCCUACUCGUGCUCCUGCCUGUCUAUUCAUCUCUCCAUACGGUCGCCUGAACAGAGGCAGGCAAACGUCUCUUCUUCUCCCACAACCGGGUUAAUUGGGAUUCCAUUCUUAAGGUCGAGUCCCCGUCCCCGUCCCCGUCCCCGUCCCCGGCCAACGCACACUCGGCCUCUCCUUCCCCCACCCCACCCCGCCUACGCCUCCUCCUCGAACGACGUCCCUCAAAAGAGUUGGACACGGGGAUGCCCUGAGUCAACCAACAAUGCACAUGUACGCUUUCUCAGGCCGUCCGAGAAACUGGUGAGACGCGAGUCGUGUGGAUUUGCUUUGGCAACUCUGAUUUCGCCCAAGACACUCGUCUUCUUUCCCACUACACCCACCGAUAUGACUUAG